AUCAGCCACAGCCUAUUCCACAAUCAUACACAAAAAAAACAACAAUCGGGGGAAAUGGCCAUGAGAAUUUGACCCUAUUGAGACUCCUUCCACUUUUGAUAGGCCAUACCAUAGCAGAGAAUGACCAUACCUGGGAGAUUUUGAUGUUGUUGAAAGAUAUUGUGGAGUUGAGUUUGUCUAUCAAAUUUGCUGAUGACACUGUGGAGUUUUUGAAUUGCAAGAUCUCAGAACACAGAGCUUUGCUUCAAGAAGUUUUCCCAGACUUUGUUCUGCGUCCGAAGCAUCACUACAUAGAGCAUUAUCCUCAGUUAAUCAGAAUGUAUGGACCACUGAGAAAUCUUUGGACAAUGAGAUUCGAGGGCAAACAUAAGUUCUUUAAGAAAGUGAUCCGUGAUGCACAAAACUUCAAAAAUGUCCCCCUAAUGCUGGCUAAGAAGCAUCAAAUGACAAUGGCCUAUCACAUGGAUGCAGGGGUUUUUUUCAAGCCAGGAAUACAAAUGGAUAGGGUCUGUAGUUCACUUGUAACAGGCUUUCCUGACAAUGUGCAGGAAUAUCUGCAUCUAAGGAGCCCUAAUUGCAGUACAGUGCUAGUUUCAUCCAGUGUUACCAUUGAUGGUAUUAAGUAUUGCCCAGACAUGGUGGUUUCAGUUGGAUCUUGUUCAGGUUUGCCAGAAUUCAUGCAGAUUAAACAAAUCUUGGCAAUCAACACUGACAUAAUGUUCCUCUGUAAACCCCAGACUGCGUGGUACAUUGAGCAUUUGCGCUCUUAUGAAUUGUGUAGUUUGCAUUCACUGCAAGUAAUUCUGCCUUCUGAACUAAAUGACCCUUUCCCUUUGGCAGCCUAUAAUAUCCGAGGCCAGUUCUUUGUCACAUUGAAGCAUCACAUCUGCUGCUAAGUGACCUUAUUGUAUUUUAUUUUAUUAUCGUUUGUGUUGUUGACUUAUUUUUCUUUUUAUUUUAGAAUUUCAGCCAGCCAUGUCAAUGAUGUUUCGCGUUAUUGUGCACGACAGUGACAUCCGAAAGGUUGUGAUUUCAGAAAAACCAGCUGAUGUUGAAGCCUUGAAACGUGUGCUUCAAGAGAAGUUGCAAGUCACAUAUUCUUUCAAUGUCCAAUUUGAAGACCCUGACUUUAAUCAUGCAUUAUGCAACCUAAGUGAUAUUAAUGAUUUGCCAGAUAAGGCCACAUUGAAAAUAAUUCCUCUAUCAACUUCUCCCUCCUCAAGUCAGGCCGACACUGUACUUCUCUCAGGUUCGGAUACAUCAGAGCAGUUGUCUGCUGAACGCCAGAGUGAGUGGCCAGAGGAUUUUGAAAUCCCUAAAUUUUCUGUUAAUGUUGAGUAUCGUCUCCGUCAGGGAAACCUUGCUUUUAUGAAAGAUGGUACAAGUCUUGAUGUUGGAAGAGACAUUAAACAUGACAUAUUGGAAUCACUUGCGGGUGCCAUGUACACUUUUAAGGCAUAUCCAUCAGAUGAAAACUUUGCUCAAGUUGCUACCGCUCUUAUCAGAGCACACCCCUGCUUGACUGAACCGGGUUCUUCAACAGGAUCAGCUGGAUGGAAAAACAGCCUGAAAUUUAAAAUGGCCAACUACAGAACAAAACUGCGUAAAUGUGGCUGUAGUGAUGUUGCUGUUGAGGGAAAGAGAGGUGCAGAAGCAGGCAGUGCUUUUAGGAGAAGCAUUAAAAAACCUAGACGAUUUGAAGUAAAUUUUUUGCCAAAUUUUCCUAACGGGGAGAAUGAAGACAGUCAAGAAUGCCUGAGAAAAGAACUUGUAGAAGAAAUGAAAAAGAAGAGUCGAGACAUGAGCCUCAUUGGCCAAAAGAUGGACAGUACAUUUGCCCUGAGACGGAAGGAAAUCAUUCACUCUGAACCUCCUGUUUCUGAGAUCUUGGAAAAAUGGCCAGCACUUUUCACAGAAAGCCAGAUCUUUGCAGAAUUCAAUCGUAUAUCUGGCAAGAAUCUGCGAUCUGAAUUCUAUGCAGCACUGGACAAACACUCUGCACGUUUCCUUGAAAUUUUCCGGAAGAAAGGGGGAACUCAAGGACGAACACUUGAUGAAAUUUUACGUCAGGUUGAUUUAAAGUCAUCUGAUGUAUCUUGUGUGCGUACAGCUGUACUUUAUGGACUUCCAGUUCUCCUGGGGGAUGACUCGGAUGAGUUUUUCAAGACGUGCUUUGAUUCUGAUGUAGAUGCAGACUUCAGCCAAAUUGAUGUUGGCCUGCUUACAGUUCUACCUGAAGACAUGCCUGCCAGAACUCCACAUGCACUCAACGUUAACGCAAUGAGGGAAAUCAUUCUGGAGGGAAAAUUUGUCAUGGACGAUGUCCGAAGCUUGCCACAUGCUGUAUGUCUCCUUUUUGCUUUAAUCUAUGCUCUAAAUUUAGACUACCCAAAGACAAUGAGGAAUACAUUUGAAUUUAUUCAGAGGGUAUUUCUGUCUUUAGGAGGUAAGAACCUGAAACCCAAACUCCAAACUCUAAAAAAUCAGCUUUUAACCUAAUGUCUUUUCUUUUGGCCUUGGGUGCCUAUGCUAACCGUUAAAGGUAUAAUUCACCAAAAAAUUCUAUCAUCAUUUACUCACUUUCAUGUUACAAACCUGCCUAAAUUGAAGAUAUUUUGAGAAAUGUUUGCAACCAAACUGUUCAUGGACCUUAUUGACUUCCAUAGUAGGAUAAAAGAAUACUAUGGAAGUAAACAGGGUCCAUGAAUGGUUUAGUUACAAUCACUUCUCAAAAUAUCUUCAUUUGUGUUCAUCAAAAAGAAAUGUAGGCGGUUUGUAACGACAUGAAAGUAAGUAAAUGAUGACAGAAUUUUCAAUUUUUUGGGUGAAUAUUACUUUAACUGGUUGAUGCAAAAAUUAAGAAAAUGUUAACCCUUUAAAUGUGUUUAGGCAUGUUUAGUAAUGGCACUUUUUUCACAUGUGCCUUGACUUCACUUGUUAAAAAGGGAUCAGUUAUGUGUUUUUUAAGUAACUGUCCCUUUCCUUUCAUGUUUUGUACUUGGACUAAGUGUGCCUUGGUUUUACCUCUUGUAACAAGGGGAAGAGUUUUUUCUUUAAGUAACACCCUUUCCUAAGUCAGUUGUCUGUAUUUCAGGCAUGUUUUGUAAUUGCACUAAGUGUACAUUGGUUUCGCCCUCUUGUAACAAGGGGAUCAGUUAUGGUUUUUGUUGUUGUUUAUAAGUAGCAGACCCUUUCCAAAGUUAGCUCUCAUGUAUUUUAGACAUGUUUUGUAUUGCACUUAGUGUGCCUUGGUUUUACUUUUGCUUUUGAAAGGGUCUGUUACUCAAAAAACAUUAGACAUGUUUUGUAUUGCAUUAAGGUGCCUCGGUUUCACCAUUUGUAACAAUCAAGUAUUUUAAGUAACAGACCCUUUCCAAAGCCAGUCUGUAUUUAAGGAAUAUUUGUAAUUACACAAAAUUCCAAAUUGUUGUUUACAAAGCCAAAUUUCUGCAGAUACAGGCCUAUUUUGUUCUCUAAAGUGCCUUUUCUUACAGAAAAGCUUUUUAGGAUUUUGUUGUGAAUGACAGAAAAAGGCAAGUUAGUCAGAAAGACUGAUACUGUUUGAACAGAAGUGUCCAUGUGUUCACUGCAUUAUGUUUUAAAAAGCUUUCUAGCUGUUUAUUACAAAAAUAAACAGUUCAGAAUUCCAUAUGUGUGUUGAGUGUUUUCUCUAUCAGUUGUACUUAAAAAAAUAUGUUCAUUUUACUUAAAAAAACUUUGGAAACCGAUUGCACAUAGUUUUUUAAGUUGACAUAGCUUAAAAUUGUUAAUUAAAUCCAUGUCCAGAGCACUAGUAUUUAGAAUGUUAGCAGUACUAAAUAAAACCUUGUUAGU